UAUUAAUUUAGAUUUAACGGGAAUGUUUUUGCGUCUCCUCCAGAAUAAUGACUUUACAAUUAAUUAAUUGUAAAAACAAAUAAAUUUCCUGGAUUAUCUGUAUUAUGGAUGAUGUAAAACGCGAUAAUAAUAAAGUGAAGCGUUCAAAAUCUGACGUAAAAAAUGUAAUCUCAAGUUAUCUCCAGAGAAGGAACUACCCAUCUGUUUGUCCGGUGGAAAUAUCAAAAAGCCAACUUUUAACGCAACAUUUAGUGGAGAGUGGAGUUUCGCGGCCUAACUCAAUUUUAUACAGUGGUUACAGCAGCGAUCCGGUCGCGAUUGAGCAGAACUUUGGCAAAUUUUUAUUGUGGUUAAAAGACUUGACAAAAAACAAAAACAAAUAUCACGACAUUGAAUACUUAGUGGGGCCUCUGUUUUGCCACUUGUAUCUGGACAUUCUUCGAGGUGGUACCAAGGAAAGGGCAUCUGCUUUUCUAAAGUCUUAUCUCCCAUCUGUUGACAAGCUAAAAUGUGAUAAUAUGGUGCAGGAAUUAAUAAACUCCUUUCCAACUGACGAAGAAACUGUAGCAUUGAAAGAAUUUAGAUCGAAUAAGUACUUGGUCGACUUGUAUAAAGAAUCUUUAGUUGUUUUAAAAGAAUUUGUUCGUGAUAAUUGUCAUGUUGUUUUUCAUCAAGUGUUGCAAACUUGGUUUGAAAUCCAGGAAAUAGAGGAAGUAGAAGAGGAAGAAGACUUUAGUGAGGAAGAUAGUAUACACGAAACCGACACGGCAUUCGCAAAAUUGCACAGUGCCAUAGGCAACCUGGACAGUGAACCUGAUCCAAUUUUCAAUGUAAAUAUUAGUAAUUAUAAGCAUCAAAUAGACAGUGGCUUAAUUAAUAGACAAUGUGGCUUAAUGGUUUUCUCGGAAAACAACCAGGUAACAAUUAAACCACUACAUAGCUUUGAUAGUAUAUUAAACAACACAGAAUAUGGUGAUAUAAAACUCACAGGGCACUCAGGGCAGGUUUACAGCAUAGAUAUUUCCUUAAACAAUAACUAUAUAGUGACAGGCUCAUCGGACACAACCAUUUGUAUAUAUAACUUAAGGGACUUCCAACAGAUAAGGGUGUGUAAGGGGCAUUUAGGGCCAGUUUACUGUACAAAAAUAAGCACAAACAGUGAAUAUGUUAUAUCUGGAUCUCAGGACAAAACCGCGCGACUCUGGAGCUUGGAAACUGGCCAGGCAAUCAGAGUUUUUGUUGGACACACUCAGUCCAUUACCUCAAUUGAUUUUCAUCCAAAUUGUUUGUAUAUAGCGACGGGGUCUGCGGACAAAAACGUGCGUAUGUGGUGCGUCGAAAACGGGAACCCCAUGAGAUUGUUUCACGGUGCUAAAGGCAUCAUUUACGCCGCGGUUUUUCACCCGAAGGGACAAUGUCUGGCUAGUGCCAGCGAAGACAAGAAGGUUAGGAUUUGGGAUUUGGUAAAUGCCAAAGUGAUGGUGGAGUUUGAGUAUUUGAAUGAACCUUUUUCAAAGUUGAUUUGGAGCAAGGACGGGAAGAAACUGUGCGGGGGGACGUUUAACGGUAAUAUUGCUGUGUGGGACUUUGAGAAAAUUCAACAAAAUUUGACUGACACUAGUUAUCAUGAACCAAUAUCCAGUAAAUGUGUAAAUAAUAAAUUGUUGUGUUUAGAAUAUGCCUUUGGAACCUUUGGCACACUUACUACCACAUAAGAUCCGUGUUUAUACUUUAUGAGAAAGUAUACAUUUUUAAAUGUAAGAUAAAAAGUGAUUUAUUUAUUUAUUUUUCCAAAUAAAUGUGCAUAUUUUCAGUAAUUACUCUAUUUUCAGAGUGACAUUUCAUUAUACAAAGCCUUACAUAGAUUAUGUAAAAGUGUAUUAGCUAUAAUGACUGAUGUUAAUUAUAUUUAUUGUUUUCUUACAAAAAAAUUCAAC